GAAAUUAAAAGUCGUAUAAGUUAAAAGUAUCUCGUCUUCUUAUUUGGUUAGCAAUUUUGCAGUGCCCUUUUUCUUCCCCCUUAAAAGCUCUCUCACAAGUGAAAGAGAGUAAGACACAAGUUUGCUCACUCCAUUUUGAGCUGAAUCUCUUUAUUUGCAGGUCAAAUUAUCUAAGCUUCUGUCUUUCCAUUUUAUGCUCUUCUUUUUGUUAAUGGGAAUCCUAAGCUCCACCGAUUUCGAUCGUCGGCGAUCGGCGAUCGGCGAUUGGGAUCGUCGGCGAUCAAGCUGAAAUCUUAGGGGGAGGGGGAUUCAGCGAUUUUCCGGUAAAACUGGUCCAUGUGCUUAGGUUUGCUCAAGUUUUAUAAGUAAAAUAAAUAAAAAUAUAAAUAAAACAAAGGGUCCCUAUCUUUUUUUAUUCACCCACCUCUUAUCAAAUUAUCAAGCUUUAUUCUUUUCGAGAGGAAAAUAAUAUUAAUAUUAUUAAUAAUUUAGCCCCUCAGAUUUCGUUGAACCAGAGGUUGUGAUAAGUCAGUUACCAUAGUUUAGAGGAAGCUUACGUUUUGUAUACAUAUGGAGAAGAACAGAAACUCUCACCUCUUCCUUACAAAAUCAACAUAAAAUAAAAUAAAUUUUCUCUACCCUUUUUCUUUUUCUUCUUUAAAAUCCCAACCUGAAUCUAUUUUUCCAAGUCUUGCUAGAUAAAACAGAGCAGAGCCUUUUGAUUAGAAUUUCCCCCUCCCCUUAUUUUUGGGUCGUGAUUCUCUUCAAUUAUUGAGAGUUGCUGAUGGGUUUUUGAGGAAUCAUGGGUCUUUAUAUGUAAUUUUCAUGUCUUUGUUAUGCUGCCUUGAUCUUUGAUGACAUAUUAUUAAACAUGUUUGAGACUUGAAGUUUGCUGAUCCAAUCCAUUAUUUAAGCAAUUUAGAUAAUCUUAUUUGCCAAGUUUGGGCACUUCAAAAGUUGGGCAGUGCCCAUGGAUGCCACAACAAGCGGAACCCCUACCGUUCAAUACCAUAACAUACCUGAUCAGCCAAUUACAGCUAUUGUUGCUGCCCCUGUUUCUGCAUUUCUGCGACAAGUACGCCAUUGCUUCGGGGACUCCACUCCUGGAGAAUUCCCCUUAGCUGCCAAUCCUUCCAUUGUUCUUCAUGUUCUCACCACGUGUAAUUUGGAUCCUCAAGAUCUCGCAAAACUAGAGGCAACAUGCUCCUUUUUUAGGCAGCCGGCAAACUUUGCCCCUGAUUAUGAAUUGUCCAUAUCAGAGCUUGCUGCUCUUGACAUGUGCCAAAGAAGAGCUAUAUUUAAGCCAAUGACUGAUGAAGAACGUCAAAGUUUGAAGCAUAGAUGUGGGGGGUCGUGGAAAUUGGUCCUGAGGUUUCUGCUGGCUGGGGAAGCAUGUUGCAGGAGAGAGAAAUCACAGGCGAUUGCAGGGCCUGGUCAUAGCAUUGCUGUGACAUCCUCGGGUGCAGUUUACUCUUUUGGCUCUAAUAGCUCAGGACAGUUGGGCCAUGGCAAUACUGAAGAAGACUGGCGGCCUCAGCAAAUAAGAUCUUUGCAAGGCAUUCGAAUUAUCCAAGCAGCUGCUGGGGCCGGCAGAACAAUGCUGAUUAGUGAUGCUGGGAGAGUUUAUGCCUUUGGAAAGGAUUCCUUUGGUGAAGCAGAAUAUGGGGUUCAAGGAACUAAAUUAGUUACAACUCCCCAGCCUGUUGAGUCUUUGAAAGACAUAUUUGUGGUUCAAGCUGCAAUUGGGAACUUUUUCACAGCUGUGUUAUCCAGAGAGGGCAGAGUUUACACAUUCUCUUGGGGCAAAGAUAGCAAGCUUGGUCACAAAACCGAGCCAAAUGAUGUGGAGCCCCAGCCCCUAUUGGGGGCACUUGAGAACAUACCUGUGGUGCAAAUUGCAGCUGGAUAUUGCUACCUUCUUUGCUUAGCUUGUCAACCAAGUGGCAUGUCUGUGUACUCUGUCGGGUGUGGCUUGGGUGGAAAGCUUGGACAUGGCUCAAGAACAGAUGAAAAGUACCCUCGAUUAAUUGAACAAUUUCAACUUUUGAACCUCCAGCCAAUGGUGGUUGCUGCUGGUGCUUGGCAUGCUGCUGUUGUUGGUCGGGAUGGAAGGGUUUGCACAUGGGGUUGGGGACGUUAUGGGUGCUUAGGUCAUGGAAAUGAAGAGUGUGAAUCAGUUCCAAAGGUCGUAGAGGCAUUAAGAGAUGUCAAAGCAGUUCAUGUUGCUACAGGGGACUACACAACCUUUGUGGUAUCUGAUGAUGGUGAUGUAUACUCUUUUGGUUGUGGCGAAUCUGCCAGCCUCGGACAUAAUACUGCUGGUGAAGGACAGGGAAACAGGCAUGCCAAUGUGUUGAGUCCAGAGCUGGUAAUGUCAUUGAAGCAAGUGAAUGAACGGGUGGUACAGAUCAGCCUUACAAACUCGAUAUACUGGAAUGCUCAUACAUUUGCACUCACCGAGUCCGGGAAGCUUUAUGCAUUUGGUGCGGGAGACAAAGGUCAGCUAGGCAUAGAGUUAGCUAACAAUCAGACAGAAAGAGGAAACCCCGAGCGGGUUGAUAUCGAUCUCAAUUAGGAAUCCAAUGGCUUCUCCUCCCAUUUGCAUACACCAUGGGUGAUUCAUUAGAUUCUGGACAAUCACGCAUUGCAUGUGGUGUUUUAAGUUUCCCUGUUUAUUUUGUAAAUAGAAACAAGCAAAAAAUGAAAUUGUGAAGAUUUUAAGUUUAGGAGUAGCAAAGGGCCUUAAGUUGGUCUGAUUUCCUAAGAAAAAAUGGUUAGCACAUAGGCCUUAAGUUGUUAAUAGCUGAAACAUCUCUGUUCAGGUUCAUUGAUUACUUAUGUUAAAAUUGCAUUCUUAAA